AUGGGGGGCGGCGGGCUGCGCAUCCUGCCGCACAAGAAGUGGCAUGUGUGGCGCCGCGACAACAUCGAGCACGUGCUGCGCGACGAGCGCGAGCACGAGGAACAGCAGCGGGAUCGGGACGCGAAGGAGCGGCGGCUGGAGCAGGAGCGACGCGCGGAGAAGCUCGUCUCAACGGGCGGCGGUCGAGCAGAAGAGCAGCAUAUCAACUUCUUCAAGGCGGAGGAGGCGCUGGCAGCUAAAGCAAAGAGCGGGGGCAAGAGGGAGGAGAAGAUGGACGACACUUUGGGCCGACAUGGCAAGCUGCCGUGGUAUGCUCAGGCUGAAGACGCGGAGAAGAACGAACCGACUGCCAGGCAGGAGCGCAAGCGCAAGAGGGAGCUGGAAGGCGCCGAUCCAUUGCAGCACAUGCGGCCGAAGGAGGGGCGUCCGCUGUUUGAUACUUCUCGACGCUCGGACGAGAAGAGAGGAAGACGCGGUGUUGAUGAAGAAGGACCUGCUGGUAGUGACCGCAGGAAGUAUUCGGCCAGGUACAAUCGCUCGUCGACGUCUCCUGAACGCAAAGGCCGUCGUGGACACAGCAGCAGCGAAGAUGAAGGGGAUAAACGCUCAAAGAAGCGCCGCAAACACCACAAGGAGAAGAAGAACUCGCGAAAGACCAGCAAGAAAGAGGCUAUUCUGCAAGAGUUGCGACGUGAACGAGAGAAACGAGAGGCAAAGGAACGACGUCGUGCUGAGAGACUCAUGUAUGGGUAG